AUACCUAGUCAGAAAGAAGAACUAAAGUAUAUGUUGGAGUGGUCUGAACAAUAUUCUUAUGCUUUUCCAAGAUGGUUCGGGAUAUUUUUUUCUUCUGUAAUUGUCACUCACCCAGAAUAUGUUAAAACUUUGUUUGCCAGAGGAGAUCCAAAGCCUGAAUUCAUCUAUGCACCUUUGAUUCCUUGGAUCGGAAAAGGACUGCUUGUCUUAGGUGGCACAAAAUGGCAUCAGCACAGACGGUUGUUAACACCAGCUUUUCACUAUAAUAUUUUGAAGCCCUAUGUGGCAUUAGUUGCAGAUUCCACCAAAAUUAUGCUGGAUAAAUGGGAGAAACUGAUUGCAAAGGAGCCCAUGAAGUCUUUGGAGAUGUUUGACCAUAUUAGUUUAAUGACUCUUGACAGCAUCAUGAAAUGUGCAUUCAGUCACAAGAGCAAUUGCCAAACUAACAGAGACCUGGAUUAUUAUGUCCAAGCUGUGUCAGACUUAACUUUCCUGUUGUUUCGGAGAAUUACCUCUACUAUACUUCGGAGUGAUUUCCUAUAUUCAUGUACCUCAUCAGGACAGUGUUUUAAACAGGCUUGUAAAUUGGCACACCAGCAUACAGAAAAAGUAAUUGAAGAGAGAAAGAAAUCACUGCAUAAUGAAAGAGAGCUUGAAAAGAUGCAAAAGAAGCGACAUUUGGAUUUUUUGGACAUUCUUCUUUGUGCCAAA